CUGAAGGAUGCUUUUAAAGAAAAAUAAAGCUUGGCCAAUAAAACUCAUCAUUAAGAAAGCCCCUCGCGUGAGUAAUAACAGCAAAUGUAAAACGCUUCAUCCGAAGUCUAGCCCGCCUUGAACGGUGACCAAGGUAUUCACAAUCUGAUUGGAUUCUCGGAAUAAAUAUUAUUAAUAUCAACCCUGUGGCCAAUGAAAACCCAUCAUUAAGAAAUCGCUUCGCGUCACGAGGGGUAAGAACAUCAAAUCAACAUCGUUUCAUCGAGAGAAAUCUGGUCUUCUGAAGAAUACUUUUAAAGAAAAAUGAGUCUUCAAGAUCGACUUGCACUUGGAGGGCAUCAGUUUCAAACAACUGAUCAAGAAAGUUCUAUGAGUAUAACACUGCGUCAAAUACUAAUGUCUGAUAAAGAAGCGCAACACUCCAUCGAGAUCGAAUCCUUAAAGAAACAACUAGAAGAAAAGGACGUGGAAAUAGCUGACCUUCAACAGAAGUUGACAAAAAUUCAAGAAAAAAAUAAUGAUCUUCAGAUUAAACUGAACACAAAAGACAAAGAGGUCGAAGAACUAAAGGAAAAGAUCGAAAUACUGGAAGAAGAGAAAGCGAAGCUACAAGACGAGUUAUCGCACGUUGAAAGUAAGCUAAAGCGMUUGGAAAACGACGUGAAAACACUUACCAAGUCGUCUAAGUCUCACGAGAAAGAGAACCAAAAGCUUAAAGAGAAUUUACAGAAAGUAGAAUACAGCCUGAGGACCACAGAAGAGAAAUUGACCUCGGAGAAUGAAAAGCUCAAGAGAGAAGUCAAGCAGAUGAGAGAAACCCGCACACUGCCAAUGCUUGAACAGCCGCGUGUUCCUAUUCAGCCAAAAUUACAAAGUGCUGCGUUGUUGCACUUAGGUGAAUUGUGUUGGCAAAUUCAAGGUAAACUGUACCAAAAGGUUUUACCGGAAUAUUACACUCCAGUUCGUAGUUAUAAAGUGAAAAAUAUCGAGAGAGAUGUAAAGAAACUUGUUCAAACAGAUGAAGAAAGAAACGCAGCGAAAAAGAGAUGGGAAAUCUUAAAAUCUAAAUUGAACUGGUGUGAGGAAGUAGAAGAGGCAAUAAAAUCUCUCCAAGAUUCGAGAAAUCUCGAGGCUCAUCCUCCCAUAGAUGAGACGUUGCUUCAUAAAUAUGCUUCAGCUUUGGAAGAAGAUGGAAUCUUAAAAGGAUGGCUUUCUCUAGAGCGAGUAAACAAACUUAUAGACAUCUGGAAAAGCUUAAAAAGUGAGGAUGAAAACUUGCUGUAAGGUUUUGGGUCAAUUUUUUUAUUCUUUUAACGAGCUAAGUUUGAAUUUUUACAGCAUGACUAUUAUAAUCAAGAUUUGUGUUUCAGAUUCUGUGGGUGUCUAGGAUGCACUUUUCAAUAAAAUUCGUUGAAAAAAAUCAUCUAUGCAUAGACAAUCACCUCGGCCAGCGGUAAUGUACCUUCUAUCUAAAGGCAUGCUGUCAGCUCAGAUACAUACAAAAAAUCCUAAUGAAUAUCAGUAAUUUAUUUAAUUAUUUCAAAACGGUUUCGCGGUUGAUUUGAAUACCAUAGGUAUAUCCGAACAAUCAACAUGCCCGGUGACACAACUGUCAUUUCGAUUUUAUUAGUCGGCGGUUCCAAGGAUAACAAAGGUCGAGCUUUGUCUUACGAAACUGUGGUGUACAAACUGUAAUUUGAUUUGUAUGCCAAAUAUAUCUUACGUCUAGCCAUGAACGGUGACCUAAUAUGGCCUAAGCUGUUCACAAUCAGAUUGGAUUCUCGGAACAAUUUACUAUAUCCACCACGUGAUGCUUUGACCAAUGAAAACUCUUCAUUAAAAGAUGCCAGAGUUAUUUUAAAGUAUAUAUUACUAAGGUACAAUGAUUAAUAUAUAAGUCUUAUCGUGGAAUCCCCUUUUUUGCAAAGUUGCUGUGUUGAUCAAAAUAUUAAAUGUAAUUAAAAAAUCGUACAACUUA